CAUUCUAGGUGUUCCUUCCCUCUCCACCCCCCCCCCCAAAAAAAAGAGAGUAGCCUUAGUCCAUGUGGUUAUAAUUUUUUUUUUUUAAUUUAUUCUAGUAAUUUUUUUUCUCAUUUUGAACCAAGACAAUAGUUAAGUCCUCAUUUUUUUGCUUAAGGUCAGUAAAGAAUAUAUUAAAAAUGAAUGAGAAUAAUACAAAGAAAUCCAAACAGACAAAUCUGAACAAAAUUAAGUCCCAACUCCACAUUCGGCAUUGCCAUCAGCAGAGAGGGAAAUAAGUCUAAAUAAAAGAAACUACAUCUUCAAAAGAAGCAUAAUAUUCACAAGAACCGGAACCUAGGCUUUUCCAUUGCGUCCCACUCAAUAUCAUUUGUAGAAAAUCUAGGAGCAGAGUCCUAUUCUGCAGAGGAUCUAGUCACGGCAGCAUGUUUCGCCAGGCCAUCAUAGUUAAGUCCUCAUGCAAACACAAAGUGUAGACAUAAUUUUAACUUAAAAGGCUUGUUCAUUUAAUUCCCAUGGUAUUUCUAAUGUCUAGAUUUGGAACAAAAUUAGUUUUACCUAUCAUUUUGUUUGAAGAUGAAAUAAAUAUUUUAACUUGUAUAGAUUUAUCUGAUGUUAAUACUUUUGGAUGAUGUAAUCAUUAAAUGUCUAAUUGGAUCUACUAAUGUGUGGCAACAGGGUAAAUAUGUAUAUGAAAUAAUAAUAAUAAUAUUUUUUUUUUUACUUAAAAACUUUUAGGGACGGAAUUUUACUAUCCCUAAAAAUCCCAAUCUUUGUUAGUUGGGAUAGAAGAUAUCUGUCUAUAGAACGAAUACCCUAUUCGUGACAACAAAAAUCUGUCUCAAAAAAUAAAGUUUUAAAAUUUUUUACAAUGGAAAAAUUCCAUCUCAAAUAAUUUUUGCUCUUUUGCAACAGAAAUAAACUGUCGCUACAUGGCCUUAACAACACAGUAUUUACGACAGAUAUUUCCAUCGCUUUAGUAAUUAUUUGUGACAGAAAAAACCCGUCUCAAAAUCUAUCACAAUUGACAACUUAGGGACGGAAAAUUUUUCCCGUCUCAUAAAUUAUGCAACGGCCAUUGUAACGACAGAUGUGCGAUGGAAGUUUUUACUGUCCCUAAUAAGUAUUAGUGACACUAUUUUGGUAUUUGGGACAGAAAAUUUCCGUCCCAAAAACUCCUUUUUCUUGUAGUGAACUUUGGAGGCAAAAAUUUGGCUAGUCAAAAGACUCAAAAAUUGGUCAAAAUUGAUCAAAAUGGAUCGACUGAAAUAUGCGAAAUAUCCCCAAAACAGUAACAGUUUCAAUUCGACUCAUGAUUUCUGGGAAGAAGUUUCAAUCGAAAUUUAGAACUAUUUUAAGGUCCACCUAUUUUAGCUCAAGCUCUUUCAACCAUUUUUUUUUUUCAAUUUUGUUGGAGAUCCAGCGCAAUCCCUGGAAUGGACAAGGAUAUGGAACCACCACUUUCCUAUUUCUCAGGCAGUAACUCCCCUGUCUGCUCUCCAACAUCUAGGCGCUUCCCAUAUUGAGUUACAUUACUAACUACAGAGGCCAGGGUUCAAAUCCAUUGAAGAGGUGCAGGUGAAAUUUGUUGGUUCACUGAAGAAGUGCUUGAUGAAGUUUAACAUACAAAAUCCAGAAAACAUGGAAUAAUUUGAAGCUUCUUUGUCCAGUAACAGGUUCAACUAGUGGAAUGACUGGUAUGCAGAUGCUGGAGUUUCCAUGACAUUUUUGCAAAUGGGCCUAUCAAUUCAAGGAAUUGCAUUGAACCGCCCUAAAUUGAGACACUAACAUAUUAUAAACAGAAGAAAAGAAACUCUGCAAAUAUGGAUGCUUUUGAAGAACUAAAGAAGACAAAUAAUUGGAUAAUCUUUUCUCAAUCUUCUACAAACAUUUUCCUGCACGGAUUUUCAGCUUCAUCACACCUAAUUUUGUUGUUAGUUUUAUCCAUUUUCUGGGCUUGCAAGAGACGAGUGAUGCCUGCCCUUGAAAGUUCAACACCAAUAUUGAAGAAUACACACUAUUCAUCAGCUCUUAUAUCUUGCAUAGGUCUAUCUAUCUGUGAUCUUCUCCUAUCUCUGUUAAACUACCUCUCUUGGUGUAAACAUGGUUGGUCAAAUCUAAGGUUUGUUGCUCAAUUGGAUUUUACAUUCAGAACAAUCACUUGGUUUGUGAUUUUUGCAUACUUGAACACUCAAUUUUCUCAUUCAAGAGAGUACAGGUUCCCCAUUCUACUAAGGAUUUGGUGCAUCUUCUACUUCCUAAUGUCUUGUUCUUGUCUUGUUGUACAUGUUGGUUUAUAUUGGAAGCAUUCAUCUUUGUCAUUCCUGCUAUGGGUCUCUGAUGCUAUAUCCAUUAUUGGUAGUUUGUUAUUUUGUUAUGCUGGGUUGUUUGGCAAGGGACGAGAAGAUGAAGAUUUCCAUCUUUUAGAGCCUCUUUUGAAAAUUAGUCCCGGUCGAAUCAAUGGUGACAAUGGUCAUGGUUCAAAUGUCAGUGGAGAGAGUUUAACUCCUUAUGCAACUGCAAAUUUUCUUAGUAGUUUUACUUUCGCUUGGAUGGGCCCCUUGCUUGCACUCGGAUAUAACAAAACACUGGACCUUGAAGAUGUUCCUCAGGUUGCCAAUUGUGAUUGUGCCAACGUGGUCUUUGCUCGUUUUAGCAGUAAACUUGAAUCUGAUUGUAGUGGUAAUAAUGUUCAAGCAAGCACAUUCAGACUGGUGAAGGCAUUAAUUUUCUCAACAUGGAAAGAAAUUCUUUGGACAGCCUUACUCUCCACUGUGUGUACAUUAGCUUCUUAUGUUGGACCAUACUUUAUUCCAACCUUUAUUAAAUAUCUCAGUAGCCCUCAUCAACCGAAAUAUAAAGGAUAUGCAUUAGUGUUCAUUUUCUUUCUUUCAAAGCUCAUAAGAUGUCUCUCAGAGAGGCACUUGUUCUUCCAACUGAGAAAGAUGGCAAUUAGAGUCCGUGUUUCCUUGUUCUCAAUAAUCUAUAAGAAGGGUCUCAAGCUUUCAAGCCAAUCAAAGCAAGGCCACGCUAGUGGAGAGAAUGCUAAUUUGAUGAGUGUUGACGUUGAGAGGACUAGCAUUUUUAGUUGGUACUUGCAUGAUAUAUGGAUAGUGCCUAUUCAGAUUGUUCUAGCAUUGUUGAUCUUGUAUAUGAGACUUGGGCUCGCUUCACUUGCAGCUUUUGUUGCCACACUGAUUUUGAUGUUAGCAAAUCUUCCACUAGGAAAACUACAGGAGAAAUUUCAAGGGGAAUUGAUGCAUUCGAAGGAUCGAAGGAUGAAGGUGACAUCUGAAGCUUUAAGGAAUAUGAGGAUUCUCAAACUCCAGGGCUGGGAAAUGAAGUUCUUGACUAAGAUAAUUGAACUAAGGAACUUUGAAACAAGUUGGUUAAAAAAGCUACUUUAUACAUCUGCUAUUAAUGCCUUUGUCUAUUCUUCCACUCCCAUGUUUGUAUCCAUGAUCACUUUUGGGUUCUGUAUGCUUAUGAGAAUUCCGCUUGAGUCGGGAAACAUUCUAUCUGCCCUUGCAACAUUUGACAUAUUACAAAUGCCCAUUUAUAAUCUUCCAGACACAAUCUCUAUGAUAGUUCAAACUAAAGUUUCCCUUGAUAGGAUAGCCUUGUUCCUUUGUCUCGAUGAUCUUCAUCCAAAUAUAGUACAAAAGCUUCCAAGAGAUGGUUCUGACAUUGCAGUUAAGAUAAUUAAGGGGAACUUCUCAUGGGAUUUUCAUUCCCCUAAUUACACAUUAAAAGAUGUCAAUUUUGAAGUGUACCAUGGUAUGCGAGUGGCUAUUUGUGGUUCUGUUGGAUCAGGAAAGUCAAGCCUGCUUUCAUGCAUAUUGGGGGAGAUACCAAAAAUAUCUGGAUCUAUAAAGUUGAAUGGAAAGAUGGCCUAUGUUGCACAAUCACCUUGGAUACAAAGUGGAAAAAUAGUAGACAAUAUUUUGUUUGGUAAGCAGAUGAACAAAGAAAGGUACGAGAUGAUCCUUGAAGCAUGUUCAUUGAAGAAAGAUCUAGAAUUGUAUGCUUUUGGAGAUCAAACUAUCAUAGGGGAAAGGGGGAUCAAUUUGAGUGGAGGGCAGAAGCAAAGAAUCCAGAUUGCACGGGCUUUGUACCAUGAUGCUGAUAUUUAUCUACUUGAUGAUCCUUUUAGUGCUGUGGAUGCUCACACAGGAACUCAUUUAUAUAAGGUUAUGAGAGAUGGAAGGAUUACCCAAAUAGGAAAAUACAAAGAAAUUAUUGGUUUGAGAACUGACUUUAUGGAAUUAGUGGGUGCACAUAAGAAAGCUUUGACGGACCUUAAUUCUUUGGAGUAUGGAGUUGAAGAAGAUGAGAAUAUAUUGUGUAGUGAGAAGUCUAAUCAAAAUGAUGAGAAAAGGGAACCCCAAAAUUAUAAAUCUGAAAAUAUGGUUGGAGAAGGGCAACUUGUCCAAGAAGAAAAGAGAGAAAAGGAUGGAGUUAGUCUUUCAAUCUAUUGGAAGUAUGUCACUGCUGCAUAUAAAGGGGUUUUUGUACCAUGCAUAUUACUAACACAACUUUUUGUUAAGCUACUCCAAAUAGGUAGUAGCUACUGGAUAGUGUUGGUUACUCCUGUUUCACAUGAUGUUCAACCUUAUGUCAAAGGAUCUACUCUCAUAUUUGUUUAUGUUGUUUUGAUCAUUGGAAGCUCUCUUUGUGUACUGAUAAGAUCCAUGCUGAUCGUAAUUGCUGGAUACAAAACAGCCACUCUAUUCUUCAAUAAAAUGCAUUUGUGCAUUUUUCGUGCUCCUCAAUCUUUUUUUGAUGCUACUCCGAGUGGAAGGAUUUUAAAUCGGGUAUCCAUAGAUCAAAGUGCGAUCGAUACCAUUAUUCCACAUCAAAUUCAAGAACUUAUUAUCUCAAUCAUAGCAUUCUUGGGAACUAUUGCAGUAAUGUCACAUGUUGCAUGGAAAAUGUUAAUAGUUUUUAUCCCUAUGAUUUUGACAUGCAUAUGGUACCAACAUUACUACAUAUCUGCAGCACGAGAAUUGUCACGCAUGUUUGGAGUAUGUCAAGCUCCAAUUAUACAACAUUUUACCGAAUCUUGUUCAGGUUCAACCACAAUCAGGUGUUUUGAUCAAGAGGAGAGGUUUAUGGAUACAAACCUCAAGCUAGUGGAUGGAUAUUCCCGGCCCAAGUUUCAUUUCUCUGGUGCAAUGGAGUGGUUAUGCAUCCGCAUGGACAUGUUGGCAUCAAUUACAUAUGCCAUAUCUUUGAUUUUCUUGAUCUUAGUGUCAGAGGGAGUACUUAGUCCUGGUGUUUUGGGUUUAACAAUCACAUAUGGACUUGGUUUUAGUAUGCAUGGAGUCUUAUGGGAUCUUAACCAACUCGAGACUAAAUUCAUAUCUGUUGAAAGAAUACUUCAAUAUGCAUACAUUCCUAGUGAAAGUCCAUUAUUGGUGGAAGAAAAUAAGCCAAGUCCUGAAUGGCCAUUACAAGGGAAAAUUGAUAUUGUUAAUCUGCAGGUCCGGUAUGCCCCACACCUUCCUCUUGUCUUACGAGGUCUAACAUGCACUUUUCCUGAAAAGAUGAAGAUUGGCAUUGUUGGGCGAACGGGUAGUGGUAAAUCAACUUUUGUGCAGGCUCUCUUCCGUGUGCUAGAACCUAUAGCUGGACAAAUUUGGAUAGAUGAUAUCAACAUCUCUAAGAUUGGCCUUCAUGACUUGCGAUCAAGAUUGAGCAUCAUCCCACAAGACCCUACAUUGUUUGAGGGGACUUUAAGAAGUAAUAUUGACCCACUUGAAGAGUAUACUAAUGAACAGAUCUGGGAGGCUUUGGAUAGUGUCCAACUUGGUGAUGAAGUUAGAAAGAAAGAAGGGAAGCUUGAUUCUGCAGUGACUGAAAAUGGAGAGAAUUGGAGCAUGGGUCAAAGGCAGCUAAUCUGUUUAGGGCGGGUAUUGCUCAAGAGGAGUAAAGUGUUAGUACUAGAUGAAGCUACUGCAUCAGUGGAUACUGCGACUGACUAUCUAAUUCAGCAAACUCUUAAGGAACACUUCUCAAAUUGUACUGUCAUAACAAUCGCACAUAGGAUAACAUCAAUUCUUGAUGUCGAUAAGGUUCUCCUUCUCGAUAAUGGCCUUGUAUUGGAAUAUGAUUCCCCAGCUAAAUUAUUAGAGAUUAAGUCCUCAUCAUUUGCAAAGCUUGUUGAAGAGUAUACUCAGAGAUGUAAAAUGUAAAAAUUGUUUCUAGUUUCUGAAAAGUAAAAGUCGUGACUCUUGAAUGUUCAAAUGUAAGCAAAUUGCAUAAUAGAUUGAGGCGUGCGCAUUUCUAUUUUAAGUAUAACAUAAAUUGGAUCCCUCCAUCACAGAUUGAAAAUAGAGGGCGGGAUUUUGAAGGAAA